AUGGCAAGUGUUGAUCGGAAAGAAGAUAUAAUUCAGCCUGGAUUUAUCAUAAGAGAAAGAUGGAAAGUGAGAAAGAAAUUAGGUGGUGGUGGGUUUGGAGAGAUAUACGAGGCGCUGGACAUGCUAACUGAGGAACAAAUAGCAUUGAAAGUGGAGUCUACACUUCAACAAAAGCAAGUUCUAAAGAUGGAAGUUGCUGUGUUGAAAAAGUUGCAAGGAAAAGACCAUGUAUGCAAGUUCAUAGCUUGUGGCAGAAAUGACAGGUUCAACUACAUUGCCAUGAGUCUUCAGGGACGCAAUCUUGCAGAACUUCGAAGGGCCCAGCCCAGAGCCUGCUUUACGAUCUCAACCACAAUUCGACUGGCUCUCCAAUUGAUAUCAGCCAUUGAAGCCAUACACAGUGUUGGCUUCCUGCAUAGAGACAUUAAGCCUUCAAACUUUGCAAUGGGUCGACUGAUGAACACCCAGAAAACAGUGUACAUGUUGGAUUUUGGGUUGGCCCGUCAAUGGGUGGGUAACAGUGGUGAGGUGAGGCAGCCGAGGAAUGUUGUUGGGUUCAGGGGGACUGUGAGAUAUGCCUCCAUCAGUGCACAUAAAAACAAGGAAAUGGGCAGAGUGGAUGACAUGUGGUCACUGUUCUACAUGCUUGUGGAGUUCAUCAUCGGUCAGUUGCCGUGGAGGAAGAUCAAAGAUAAGGAGCAGGUGGGGAUCAUGAAAGAGAAGUAUGACCACAAAAGCUUCUUGAAGUACCUGCCAUCUCAAUUCCACCCAUUCUUGAGCCACAUCACAAGCCUCAACUACUCUGAUACUCCUGAUUACAGUUUUCUGAGAGGUCUCAUGUACCAAGGAAUGAAUGCUCGAGGAAUCAAAGAUGACGAUCCGUUUGAUUGGGAGAAG